AUGGGUGCUAAGGCAAGUACGGCGAACGGAGGGCAGAGUCCGCGGGCAAGGACAUUCUCCACGAGCUCCAGUUCGGACGUCGUAUCCGGUGGCGCCGGUUUUAGCUUAUUACGCGCGAUUCCGGCAAAUUCACAAAGUUAUGAAGCCUCCGCAGCGGCGAGCCCCGACACAGACUCUAGCUCUAAUGAGGAGGCUGGUCCAGGACCUGGAACAUCAUUGGCACUCGGCAGAGUUUAUGCGGCACACUCCUUGCCUUCACACAUCUGGUCUAUAAACGACAGGGUGAAUUUCUCCUGGAGGCCGUUCCUUCUCACGCUGCUCCCAUUCGACGGCUGUGAAGAGUUUCCAGCCGGAUUAGCCACUGGCGUGCGUCAGUCCAGCCCGGCACCCGUAAUAAAUCGCUGCCGGCUUUUCCGGGUGCGCUGCGCCAGAGUCGUCCGCCACCGCUCAGUCUCCGCCCAGGCGUCGUCGCGCGCGCACGUGCCCGCCAUGUACCGCCGCCGCUACCGCGCCACCCUCGGCCUCGGCCUGGGCUCCUCGUUCUCCUCCACCUUCUCCACCACCCUCUCGUUCCGCAGCAGCACCGCCACCGACUCGGUGAGGUCCGACGCCCGCGCCACCGCAGCCAAACUCAAGUCCAAGUACGAGAGCGCCGGCACAGCGCAAGGUGCGUUUAUCCCGGCGCGGUCGUUGCCCCCUAUUGCCAAUCAA